GUUUCCCUUCGCCCACCACCUCGCUCUCUAUCCUAUUACUUCUUUGACUAUGCCCUCUCUUCUUCCAAAACUCGCUCUCUUUUAGGGUUUUCUCAUUCCCGAUUCUCCCCAUUUCCAUCUUCUAUUCUCACUCUGUUUCAGUAGAAUCUGACCCGAAUCGAUGAAGGUGACAGUGGGUGAUUCGUCGCCGUGCUUUGACGGAGACGAAAAGUCUGCGUGGCCACCCGGGUUCCGAUUCCAUCCCACCGAUGAAGAGCUGGUUCUGUAUUAUCUGAAGAAGAAGAUCUGCCGGCGACGGCUGAAGCUCGAUAUCAUCGCCGAGGUCGAUGUUUACAAGUGGGACCCCGAGGAUUUGCCUGGGCUAUCUAAAUUGAAGACAGGAGAUAGGCAAUGGUUCUUUUUUAGCCCCAGAGACAGGAAGUACCCUAAUGGAGCUAGGUCUAAUAGGGCAACCAGGCAUGGAUACUGGAAAGCAACAGGAAAGGAUCGAACUAUUAGCUGUAAUAUUCGGUCAGUUGGUGUGAAGAAGACCUUGGUUUUCUAUAAAGGCCGUGCUCCAAGUAAAGAGCGCACAGACUGGGUGAUGCAUGAGUAUACAAUGGAUGAAGAGGAGCUCAAGAGAUGCCCGAAUGUGCAGGAUUAUUAUGCACUUUAUAAGGUCUUCAAGAAGAGUGGACCUGGUCCCAAAAAUGGUGAGCAAUACGGGGCUCCAUUUAAAGAAGAGGAAUGGGCUGACGAAGAUGACCCAGAUGUUAGUAACUACUCUGUUGAAGAGACUCCUCCAGAGCAGUUGAAUGGCGUUAUUUCUGUCAAUAAUUCCCAACCUAAUGGGCAAGACUGUCAAGCAGAUGCUUGGGAUGACAUCUGGAAAGGACUUGCAGAAGCACCUCCAGUUGUUCCUCCGCGUGUUGAUGAUUAUGUUAAUCUACUAGCUCAGGUUAUUGGUGAAGAAGAAGCUCAAACUCCUUUGGUGGAUUCAUCACUCAAUGGAGCUUUCGUUGCUGAUCCAAUAAGCACAGUAUUAACCCCUACCUCUCAGCAGUAUGCUGUGCCAGAGAACGUUGAGUUUACACAAUCAGCCUCCUCUCAGUUGCAAUUGCACGAGGCACCUGAGGUCACAUCUGCUCCUAACAUUAGUGAGCAGGAACGUGGAUUAAGUGAGGAGGACUUUCUAGAAAUGGAUGAUCUCCUUGGUCCAGAACCCAUUCCUCAAAACUAUGAAAAAGCUGAGGAGAACUUGCAGUUUGCAGACGAUGGAUUGAGCAUCCUUGACCUGUACCAUGAUGCAACCAUGUUUCUUCGUGACAUUGGCCCUAUUGAUCAAGGAACGGUGCCGCAUCCAUUUUUGAAUACCAUUGAGAAUGAGAUGGUGAACCAGUUGAAUUACCAGCUGCAGCCCCAUUCUGUUGGCGCAGAUCAGAUUAGUGGUCAGCUGUGGACACUCGAUCAAAGUGUCUGUACCUCAGCAGAAUCUAUUCAGGGGAUCAUUGGGCAGCCAACCUCAGGUGUCGUAUAUGCCAGCAGUUCUACAAAUGUUCCCACCGAAGGAAAUCAAAACAUGAAUGACGAAGGGGGUAACGGUGCAGGGAACCGAUUCACUUCUGCUCUAUGGUCCUUUGUGGAGUCAAUACCUACCACACCUGCAUCAGCUUCAGAAAAUGCGUUGGUGAAUCGGGCAUUGGUGAGAAUGUCUAGCUUGAGUAGAAUGAGAAUGAAUGCAUUGAACACAAAUGCAGGUAAUGGAGGUGCAGCCACAUGGAAGGGAGGUAUAAAUAAGGGGGGAUUCAUCAUUCUUUCAGUUAUUGGAGCACUGAUAGCUAUAUUCUGGGUCCUAAUGCUAGGACCUGUGAAGAUGUUAGGAAGAUGCCUCCCCUCAUGAGUCAUGGGUAAUGAAUAAAACUAAGUAUUUUAUGUAAAUGAAAAGAUGAAGACGAAAGAUGAAGAUGGGUGUUUCUUGUUAUGAGACUCCUUAGCCAGAUUCAAAUUUUAAAGCUCUCAGACACAAUGGGAGAAAUUUUAUUUGGCAGUAUAUACAGAGGUUUUAGUGGGUAUUUGUUUGCUGUGAGUACAA